AAGUCCCGCCCAGCGAGCGCCACUUCCGCUUCCUGCGCCCAGCCCCGGGGCUCCGGCCUCCAGCCUAGCUCUGGAGCCCGGCUGCGGCCAUGCUGCUGCGGAGUGUGACCCAGGGAGGCCGGACGGUGGGCGCCGCCAUCUGCUGCUCGGGGACUCGCUCGCUCUCCAACUGGGUCUGCUGCCUGAGGCUUCCUGGAGGAGGAGACAAUGUUCUUCACAGACAUCGAGCUCCAGUGCAAGCCACUGAUGGCUGCAGAGAGCUGGGAACAGACCAUAGGGAUGAAGGCUCCCAGGCAGGUGCAGAGGGUACCAAGGAUCCCAAGGCCUCCCUGCCCAAUGGGAGUCCCGUAGGACCCCUCUACACUCUGCCACCUGACCUCCAGCCCCCCACAAACUGCUGCAUGAGUGGCUGCCCUAACUGUGUAUGGGUGGAUUAUGCCGAGGCUCUGCUGAGGCACUACCAGGAUGGAGGGAAGCAGGCCCUAAAUGCCAUAGAGGAACAUGUGACAGAUGAGAACCUCAAAGCCUUCCUCAGAAUGGAGAUCAGGCUCCGCAUACAGGCUGGAGGCUGAGACAAUCUGCCCAGGACACCUCACCGUGGACAGAUACCACCCAGGCAACUCCUGCUUAGGAAGCAACAGGGCCACUUUUAUUCAGGAGUCUGGAGGACUUCAGGUAUCUGUCAGGGAUAGGAGCUAUUGUGUAACUUAAGAAUAAAUAAGCCAAGGAGUUGGGGACUUAGCUCAGUGGUAGAGCGCUUGCCUAGCAAGUGCAAGGCCCUGGGUUUGGUCUUCAGCUCUGAAAAAAAAAUAAAAUUAAAAAAAAUAAAAUAAAAUAAAAAUAAAUA